CACGGCCGUCGACCGGACCCCCGCUCUCCUGCCUCGCCGCCGAUGGCCUGGACGACAACCUCCUCCGUCCUCUUCGUUCAGGCAACCGGAAGCCAAUGGAAGGCCAGGGCACCCAGCGGGAGGGGCAAAAGGAGGUGGAUGGGCAGUCCCCGUCUCCACUGGAUCCGCAGCCGCGGCCACCCGUCUUCGCCACUGGGGCCUCCCCGGCUUUGGGUCUUCUUCACUCGGCGGAAUCCGAGCGGGGGAUGAGGGUGCUGGAGGUCGACAUGGGGGCGCUGAAUCGGGGGCUGGAGAAGGCCAUCGCCAGCGCCAGGCUGUCAGGCCGGCCGGCUGGAGACGUCGGCCUCGUCGCAGCUGCCGCCGCCGGUGCCGGCAUUGCAAGUCCCGCAAUCAGCAGUUGCUGAUGAGUGGAUACAAGUUUGGCGCUAAGUUUAUUUCUAAUUCUGUUCAUGGAGCAAGAAAUUGGAGGAGGCAGGUAGAUUGAAUUCGAUGGCUGAUUCACUCAAGUACUGUACGUGUACAGUAGUAAUAGAACUGC